CCGCGCCGCCUGAGCCUGCCCGCCCGCGCCAUGGAGCCCGGCCGCGGCGGCCUGGAGGCCGUGGGCAAGUUCGAGUUCUCGCGCAAGGACCUGAUCGGGCACGGCGCCUUCGCCGUGGUCUUCAAGGGGCGCCACCGCGAGAAGCACGACCUGGAGGUCGCGGUCAAGUGCAUUAACAAGAAGAACCUUGCCAAGUCCCAGACGCUGCUGGGGAAAGAAAUCAAGAUCCUCAAGGAGUUGAAACAUGACAACAUCGUCGCUUUGUAUGACUUCCAGGAAAUGGCCAAUUCUGUUUACCUGGUCAUGGAGUACUGUAACGGCGGGGACCUGGCCGACUACCUGCACACCAUGCGGACGCUGAGCGAGGACACCAUCCGGCUCUUCCUGCAGCAGAUUGCGGGCGCCAUGCGGCUGCUGCACAGCAAGGGCAUCAUCCACCGUGACCUGAAGCCCCAGAACAUCCUGCUUUCCAACCCCAGCGGUCGCCGCACCAACCCCAACAACAUCCGCGUCAAGAUCGCCGACUUCGGCUUCGCCCGGUACCUCCAGAGCAACAUGAUGGCAGCCACGCUCUGCGGCUCCCCCAUGUACAUGGCCCCUGAAGUCAUCAUGUCCCAGCACUACGACGGGAAAGCAGAUCUGUGGAGCAUCGGCACCAUCGUGUACCAGUGUCUGACGGGGAAGGCGCCCUUCCAGGCCAGCAGCCCCCAAGACCUCCGCCUCUUCUAUGAGAAGAACAAGACGCUGGUCCCCACCAUCCCCCGGGAGACCUCAGCCCCCCUGAGACAGCUGCUCCUGGCUCUGCUGCAGCGAAACCACAAAGACCGCAUGGACUUCGAUGAGUUUUUCCAUCACCCUUUUCUUGAUGCCAGCGCCACUGUGAAGAAGUCCCCGCCUGUGCCCGUGCCUUCGUACCCCAGCUCGGGGUCCGGCAGCAGCUCCAGCAGCAGCUCCACCUCCCACCUGGCCUCCCCACCGUCCCUGGGGGAGAUGCAGCAGCAGCUACAGAAGACGCUGACCUCCCCAGCCGACACCGCCGGCUUCCUGCAGGGCUCCCGGGACUCAGGCGGCAGCAGCAAGGACUCCUCCUGUGACACUGAUGACUUCGUCAUGGUCCCGGCCCAGUUUCCAGGUGACCUGGGGGCCGAGGCAGCCGCUGCCAAGCCCCUGCCGGACAGCUUGAUGUGCAGUGGGAGCUCGCUGGUGGCCUCGGCUGGCCUGGAGAGCCACGGCCGGACCCCGUCUCCCUCACCACCCUGCAGUAGCUCCCCCAGCCCCUCAGGCCGGGCUGGCCUGUUCUCCAACAGCAGAUACGGUGCAUCCGUCCCAAUCCCAGUCCCCACUCAGGUACAGAACUACCAGCGCAUAGAACAGAACCUGCAGUCGCCCACCCAGUACAAGACCCCACGGUCCUCCGCCAUCCGUAGGUCGGGCAGCACCAGUCCCCUGGGCUUUGCACGGGCCAGUCCGUCACCCCCAUCCCACGCUGAGCACGGAGCCGCCCUGGCCAGGAAGCUCUCCCUGGGAGGGGGCCGGCCCUACACGCCGUCUCCACAAGUUGGAACCAUCCCCGAGCGGCCAGGCUGGAGCAGGGCGCCCUCCCCACAAGGAGCGGAGAUGCGAGGUGCCAGGUCCCCUCGUCCAGGCUCCUCCGUGCCCGAGCACCCUCUGCACGCUACCGGGCUGGGCUGCCGCCUGCACAGUGCGCCCAACCUGUCCGAUCUGCACGUCGUCCGCCCCAAGCUGCCUAAGCCCCCCACAGACCCGCUGGGGGUGGUGUUCGGUCACCCGCAGGCCAGCCCCCCGCAGCCAUCCCACGGGCUGCAGUCCUGCCGGCCCCUGCGCGGCUCGCCCAAGCUGCCCGACUUCCUGCAGAGGAACCCCCUGCCACCCAUCCUGGGCUCCCCCACCAAGGCCAUACCCACCUUCGACUUCCCCAAGACCCCCAGCUCCCAGAACUUGCUGACCCUCCUGGCCCGGCAGGGCGUGGUCAUGACGCCGCCUCGGAACCGGACGCUGCCCGACCUCUCGGAGGCAGGGCCCUUCCAGGGGCAGCAGCUGGGCCCCGGCCUGCGGCCCGCUGAGGACACCAAGGGCCCCUUCGGCAGGUCCCUCAGCACCGGCCGCCUCACUGAUCUGCUCCUUAAGGCCGCGUUUGGGACGCAGGUCCCCGACUCGGGCAGCACAGACAGCCUGCAGGAGAAGCCAAUGGAGAUCGCGCCUUCUGCUGGCCUCGGAGGGAACCUGCAUUCGGGCGCCCGUGCUGGGGGCGCCAGCAGUCCUGCACCUGUGGUGUUCACUGUGGGCUCGCCCCCCAGCGGGACCACGCCGCCCCAGGGCCCCCGCGCCCGGCUGUUCUCAGUGGGCUCCUCGAGCUCCCUCAGCUCAGCUGGCUCCUCCUCCGCCCGCCACCUGGCGCCCGGGGCCUGCAGCGAGGCCACCCCCGAGGUCCCUGCGCCUGGUCACUGCUGCAGCUUUGCCGACCCUGUCACUGCCAACCUGGAGGGGGCCGUGACCUUCGAGGCCCCUGACCUCCCCGAGGAGACCCUCAUGGAGCAAGAGCACACGGAGAUCCUGCACAGCCUGCGCUUCACGCUCGUCUUUGUCCAGCACGUUCUGGAGGUUGCUGCUCUGAAGGGCAGCGCCAGCGAGGCGGCCGGGGGGCCCGAGUACCAGCUGCAGGAGAGCAUGGUGGCCGACCAGAUCAGCCUGCUGAGCCGCGAGUGGGGCUUUGCAGAGCAGCUGGUGCUCCACUUGAAAGUGGCCGAGCUGCUCUCCUCGGGCCUGCAGACCGCCAUUGACCAGAUCCGGGCCGGCAAGCUCUGCCUGUCGUCCACCGUCAAGCAGGUGGUGCGGAAGCUGAACGAGCUGUACAAGGCGAGCGUGGUGUCCUGCCAAGGCCUGAGCCUGCGGCUGCAGCGCUUCUUCCUAGACAAGCAGCGGCUCCUGGACCGCAUCCAGAGCGUCACAGCUGAGAAGCUCAUCUUCAGCCACGCGGUGCAGACAGUCCAGUCGGCCGCCCUGGACGAGAUGUUCCACCGCCGGGAGGACUGUGUUCAGCGCUACCACAAGGCCUUGCUGCUCAUGGAGGGGCUGCAGCAGAUCCUCACGGACCAGGCGGACGUGGAGAACAUUGCCAAGUGCAAGCUGUGCAUUGAGCGGAGACUCUCGGCCCUGCUGACCGGUAUCUGUGCCUGACCUCCCAGAGGCCCGGCCUGCCAUGUCCAAGCUGCUGGACCUUCUCUGCCAAUCCCGCAGGGUGGGGGCGGCAUGCUGGCUGGGCUGGAGGGGAUAUCCUGUGGCCUUGGUACUGCUCACUGGUGCCCAGGAAAGGACUGAGGCUCCCUGCCCAGCGUCCAGAGCCAGGCCUCAAGCUGUGUCCCCGUUCCCUGGGCUCCGUGACAGUGGACUUCAGGGCACUGGAGGCCUCGCACAGAACCUCCACCCAGGCCGGUCCCCUGGUCUUGCUGAUGGGCAUGGCUCCUGGGCGGCAGUCAAAACUUCUCCCCCUCGGCUGCCUUCAUGGCAAGUGGGGAUGCGUGGUUCCCCUGACCCCACUGAGGACAAGCAGAGGCCCUGAGAAGGUGAUGCCCAUUCAAGCCAAAGCUGCCAGACCUGCCCAGUGGCUCCGCCCAGGAAAAGGUGUGGCCUCCUGGCUCCCCGCCUCUCCUUCCCCAAGACCAGCCACCCAGCUUUGUGAAUCACCCAGCACUUUAUGCAGGCGGACUUGAGCCAGGACUAUAGUCCUGGUUGUUGCACUACAAGGCGCGUGUACAUAUCUAUAUCCACGUAUAUAUAUAAAUAGCCCUGUGAGUGUGUAUGGGCGUGCACGUGUGUGUGCUGUGCCUGACACCCGGGACCCUCUUUUGGGGAGACACAGCCAUCGUAUUUAAAUGUUCUUUUAGGGUUGGACAGUACAAAGCACCGAGCUUUCUAAACUCAGCAGACGUUGCAGCCUUUCACAC